GGGAAUCUAAGAAAACGAGAUAAAAUGCAACUCUGGUACCGAGCUGAUAACAUGGAAUCUCAUAAAGGAGGCGUGCUUUGGAACCCGUUGUUUAGAAAGAUUAGAUGGAUUCCAGGCGCGGCUCGAUCAUCCUUCACUUUAUGUGGCGUGGGUUACAAUGGUAGUAUACCCGACAAGAUUGUUGGGACUAUUUAUAGUCUCGAUCUCCGUCACCAGACAGUUGUCAUGUUCGAAUUUGAAACCAAUGCGUGGAAGCUUAUUGAUCCUGACAGGUACGUAGCAGAGUUCACUAGAGAACAAUCGUUACGUCAUAAUAGUGUGUCCUUGAAUGGAAAUUUUUAUUGGACAGCUUAUAAUCUAGAAACUGGUGAGUAUUUCAUCCGAAUCCUCGAUGUUUUGAAAGAGAUAAUCAAGCCCUUUUGUAUCCUACCGUGUAUGGGGAAAAGUUCUUCUCAUACUCGUGUCCUCGCGAUUUACAAGGGAGAUCGGUUUUCAGUGUUAGAACAAUGCAAAACAACAUGCAAGAUUGAGAUUUGGGUGACAAAGAAGAAAAUUAGUAAUGGAGAUGAUGUGGUGUGGAUUAGGUUCAUGAAUGUCUCAAUACAUAACUUCCCUAGGUUUUAUCACAAGUUUUCGAAGUACAUGGUCGAUAAUAAUAUAUAUGGAAAGACCCUCGUCAUGUGUUGUAGCUACAGGAGAAGUGGUCAAGCUUACGUCUAUAUUGUGAGGGGAGAUAUGUGCAAAAGGAUUAAAAUUGAUGAAGUGCCUUCUCAGUUCAGAUGCUCUAUUCAUGUCCCAAGUCUGAUCCCCAUUUGUUGAGUGACGAUCAUCUUUCGAUGAAGUGAACAAGAAGAGUGCUCUUUUUGGGUUUUUGUUUUUUAACUAGCAAUAUUUAUGUCUCAAUUCAUUAUCAUACAGAUAAAACAAAUCCAACUUCAUGAGUGUUCUUGUUAUAUUUUGGUAGUUUGUUUUGUUAUGAUUUGCACUUUUUUGAGUCAGUUUCCUAAAGGUUUAAGAUAGAUUCACAAUUCGUUGACCUUAUAUUGAGUAAUAGAGGUUUGGUUAAAAU